UAACCGCCAUUUUCUGCAUAUGCCGUUGUGUACGAGAUUAUGCGAGAUCAAUUGACAUCGCCCCAAAAUGUGUUGUACGUUUGCGUGGAAGUAUUUGACUUUGGUGACAGUUGCUGCAGAAUGAUAUUAUGCUGUUUUCCAGCUGUGUGUCAUAAUAAAAUGGCAUGAAGAAAUCAUAAUUUUGAGCUUCAAUAGUUACUAUCACUUUUUGUCGGCCUAAUAUAUCAAAUAAGAAAGAUGUCAGUAAGUGCUAGUGCCGAGAAUUUGUCCAGUGAUAAUCAGAGUUCUGGAGACGGAGGCAACAUGUGUCUCGAACUAGCAUUGGAAGGAGAGAGGUUGUGUAAGGCAGGAGAUUGUCGAGCUGGGGUGGCAUUCUUCCAAGCUGCAAUCCAAGCUGGUACAGAUGAUCUUCGGACUUUGAGUGCCAUAUACAGCCAGUUGGGAAAUGCGUAUUUUUACCUGGGUGACUAUGUGAAGGCAAUGCAAUAUCACAAACAUGACCUUACUCUUGCAAGAACAAUGGGGGAUAAGCUGGGAGAAGCCAAGUCAAGUGGUAACCUUGGCAACACGCUUAAAGUGAUGGGGAAGUUCGAUGAAGCCAUGAUAUGUUGUAAACGACACCUGGAAAUCUCACGAGAACUGAAAGAUAAGCUGAGUGAAGGGCGAGCCCUGUACAAUCUUGGCAAUGUGUAUCAUGCCAAAGGCAAGCACAUAGGCCGAGUGGGGCAGCAGGAUCCAGGGGAAUUCCCAGAAGAUGUGAGGUCAUGUCUUGAGCAGGCUGUGAAAUAUUAUGAGGAGAAUUUGGAAUUGAUGCGAGAGUUGAAUGAACGAGCUGCUCAGGGUCGGGCAUGUGGUAACCUUGGCAACACAUACUACUUGUUGGGAAACUUCAAGCAAGCAAUCCAUUACCAUGAGGAGAGGUUGAAGAUCGCUCGUGAAUUUGGAGACAAAGCAGCAGAACGGCGAGCGAACAGCAACCUGGGCAACUCGCACAUCUUCCUUGGAGAGUUUGAAGCAGCUGCAGAUCAUUACAAACGCACCUUGGUACUAGCACAAGAACUGGGAGAUCGAGCGGUGGAGGCACAGUCUUGUUACAGUCUGGGCAACACGUACACACUGUUGCGUGACUACCCGGUCGCUGUGGAGUAUCACUUGCGACAUCUCAUCAUUGCACAGCAGCUCAUGGACAGAGUGGGUGAAGGACGAGCAUGCUGGAGCUUGGGCAAUGCUCACUCAGCUAUGGGCAACCAUGAGAAGGCUCUGUACUUUGCGAGCAAACAUCUGGAAAUAUCAAAAGAGCUGGGAGACCCAAUGGGCCAGGCCACUGCCCAGAUGAAUGUGGCGGACCUGCGCAAGGUGUUGGGGCUGCCUACCAGUGACCUGUCACCUGACAGUUUGGAAGUGGUGUCUUCCCUUGGGGAUCAAACCUCCCCUGCGCUCCAUAGAUACAGGGUGAGGAGGCAAAGCAUGGAACAGCUGGAUUUGUUUAAGCUGACUCCUGAUAGCAAGCAGAGGGCUGACACAUUACCGCCUGACUUGGAGGCAGUGGCGGGAGCUCAGAACCUAACACAUGCUAACAGUGCUGCUGCAGCAGAUGCUAAGGGGGAGCAUUUAGAUGAUGAGGAGUCCUUCUUCGAUUUGUUAUCGCGCUUCCAGUCUAAGCGGAUGGAUGACCAGCGGUGCUCCCUAACGAUAGCAGAGAAUAAAGAGAAUACAAAUUCUCUGCCAAAUAGCAACCAUAAUAACAAUGCAGCAGCCAGCAUCAAACCCAUAAUGCCACUUAACAACAACAAUGCCGCCAACAGCAAGACACCUAGCAAUGCCUUGCAGGAUGAUCUGCUGGACUUGAUAGCUGGGAUGCAAAGUAAGCGGAUGGAUGAGCAGCGUGUUGCAUUGCCCCAUCUGCCUGGGCUCCACCCUCCUGCACAAUCACAAGUGCUGCAGAGAUUGUCCGUCGCAGGCCUGGGUGGUGACGGGAGCACAACUCCAGAUGAUACGUUCCUUGAGAUGCUCAUGAGAUGUCAGGGGUCACGUCUGGAGGACCAGCGCAGUUCUCUUCCUGGAGAUAUGGAUCCAGAUACUGACCAACGUCCAUCCACGCGUGGCCCAACUGUACCAGAUGAGGACUUUUUCUCCCUGAUCAUGCGUUUGCAGUCUGGCCGAAUGGAGGACCAGCGUGCCACAGUGCCAGCCCAAUCACAUGAGAACCGGCUUAGCGGUGCCAGCAAAACUGCUAGUAGGAAGGACAAGAAGAAAUGAUUAAUGUUUUCUGCACCCAGCUCUGUUGACUUCUAAGCCAGCAGUACCCACGGUGCAGUAUGAUGUGGAAGUACAUACAACAUAAACUGUAGUUCAGAGCUGAGGACACUCGUAUCACUUCCAGUUUUACUACCUGUAUGAGUUGCGUCAUCCUGAUGAGGGGCAUCUUUGAUGUAGGGAGUUGUAGGUAUACUCAGUUCUGCUGAAAUCUGUAAUCUUCCAAAAGCUACCCUUCCUCCACUACUGUACACAGUAACUGCCAUUCAUUGAUACUGAGGAACCUAGCAGCCAGUCACAUGAAUUGAGCAAGAGACGAACAGUGUCCUGCAUAUCACUUCUUCAUAAACUUCACAGCUUAGUUACUAUAGUUAUGUGUAAUAUCAUCUUAUGCAGAGGCUGCUGGAAGAAAUUAAGUUUAUUUCUGUCACAUUUCUUUGUCCAGUGUAAUUCUCUGUAUCGCCUCAGGCUGUCUAACCAUUCUGAUAUCAUGGGUGUCGCUAAUGAAAGCCAUGUGAUAACCUUUACUAGUGACGAGUGCUUUGGGCAGGUAACAUACAAAGGUCUGGAAAGGAAUACAGUAGUAGGCAGUUAGUGGGCAGUCUCGAGUGCUGUCAUUCACACAAUCUGUGGGACUUCUUUCCAUGGCAUCAGGAGCCUAGGCUGGUUUAUGUAAGCCAUAUGGGGCUGGAGGUAAAUACAGCGGUAGGCAGAGGGAGGGAAGCCUUGAAAGCUGUGAUCCCCAUCAUUUACAGCUCCAGUAGGGGUUCACACAGAACUUUGAGGUUGUCCUUACUUAGCGCCCAAUGAUAGUGACUGGGUGCACCACGUUCUGCUUGCGAUACAUUGCCAUGUAUUAGUUUUAUAUAUUCCAAGAUGAAAUUAUUAGUUGCUAGACUGUACAUAGGGAUAGUAUUUAUCAGUUUAUAUCUCUGUAAUAGAUCCUCAGUGUAGCUUCAGCAGCAGCAUUGAGACUUCAAUAUUGCAUCUUUCUGCUGAAGAAAUGUGCUGUAAGAACUGUUGCUCUUUUCUAUUCCAUUACAUGUGCCAAAUAGCAUGUAGUUAAUACGAGUAUAUGUGUAUAUAUAUAUAUAUAUAUAUAUA